CCGCCGCCCAGGGUCUGGCGCGCCGCGCGGGCUGAGCUGCCGGAGCCGCGGAGAGCACGGGCUGCGGCGGCGGCGGGAGCUGCCCCGGCGGCGCCAUGCGGGAGCUGGCCAUCGAGAUCGGGGUGCGAGCCCUGCUCUUCGGGGUCUUCGUUUUUACAGAGUUUUUGGAUCCAUUCCAGAGAGUCAUCCAGCCGGAAGAGAUCUGGCUCUAUAAAAAUCCUUUGGUGCAAUCAGACAACAUACCUACUCGCCUCAUGUUUGCAAUUUCUUUCCUCACACCCUUGGCUGUUAUUUGCGUGGUGAAAAUCAUCCGGCGAACAGACAAGACUGAAAUUAAGGAAGCCUUCUUAGCGGUGUCCUUGGCUCUUGCUUUGAAUGGAGUCUGCACAAACACUAUUAAAUUAAUAGUGGGAAGACCUCGCCCCGAUUUCUUUUACCGCUGCUUUCCAGAUGGAGUGAUGAACUCGGAGAUGCAUUGUACAGGUGACCCAGACCUGGUGUCGGAGGGCCGCAAAAGCUUCCCCAGCAUCCACUCCUCCUUUGCCUUUUCGGGCCUUGGUUUCACGACAUUCUACUUGGCGGGCAAGCUGCACUGCUUCACCGAGAGUGGACGGGGGAAGAGCUGGCGGCUCUGUGCCGCCAUCUUGCCCUUGUACUGCGCCAUGAUGAUCGCCUUGUCCCGCAUGUGUGACUACAAACACCACUGGCAAGAUUCUUUCGUCGGUGGAGUGAUCGGCCUCAUUUUUGCCUACAUUUGCUACCGACAGCACUACCCUCCUCUGGCCAACAUGGCGUGUCAUAAGUCCUACGUGAGUCUCCGCGUACCCACCUCGCUGAAGGAGGAGAGGCCCGCGGCCGACAGCGUGCCCAGCGUGCCCCUCGAGGGGGUCACCGAGGGCCCUGUAUGAUGUGUGUCCCAGGAGCCCGGGCACCGUUCCACCCAACGCGCUCCUCAGUGGAAAGGCUUUCUGUAGCGCAGUUCUCGUUCAGCCCUCAGAGGCCCUCUCCCGCCAUCUUCUGCUCCCAUCAUGCCAGUCGUGUUCUUCCCACUCUUCCUCUCUCCUUUCAGCGUUUGUGAAUUUGCAAGGUUAGGACACCGGCAUGGAUCUCAGAGAUCCCGGGAAGGAGGCUGCCAGGGUGGGGUGGGCAGAGCUCGGCCAGUUCCUCCAUCUGAAAUACUCGCUGUAACCACCACCUCCCU